CAUACUCAUUAAAAUAAAGUUAAUUUGUAAACAAACCAAGUGAAAUCCUGGCGCCAAAUCUUAUUAAUGCUUGAAAGAUAUUUUGGCGGACUCCCAUUUGGCAAUCAUUAGCAAAUAAGAAGGAAUAAGUUAAAAAAUAUUCAAUAAAAAAUUACAUGUUGUUAUCAUGAGCCAACCUUCAGUUGCAUCAUAUUUUAACUCAAGAAAAAGACCUGCUGCGGAUGAAAUAAUAACUCACAAAAAUAAGGUAUUUUUAUCAGAAGUAAACGAUGUGCCUAAGUGUAAUUUAAUUAGUCCUCGUGUCGUGGAUGUAGACGCUAAAAAAGUAGAUAAACUUUUGAACAACGAUAAAUAUUUUGUUAAUGGAAAAAAUAUAAAUUUAUUACAGCAAAAUAUAACAUUUUCAAAACAUAAUGAAAAAGAAAUAUGUAUUACUCAAACCAAAUCUGUGGAUCAAGAUAAUUUAAUCGCAAAACAUAGUGAUUUAUAUGGAAGCAGCGAAGUUAAAAUUUUGGACCCCCCAUUUAAAUUUGAAGAGAAGUUACAAAAAAAAAUAUUGAAAAAUGGAAAUGGAUCUAAAGUCUCACAACAGAACUUGGUCAAAUUUAUUAAAAAAGGUCUCUUGUCGCCAAAACAACUUACUCCCAAGAAGGAUGAAACGAAUGUUUUUGGAAACACAAAUAAAAAUGUAAGUCUCAGAGACAAUCAAAGGGAAAAGUUAAAAACAAUGGUGCGCAAGGAGUUAACUUUUGAUGAAGUUAAAGCAAAAGUGACACGUAGUGCAAAACUUCAAGAACUUAAGGCAUCUAUUAACCGAAUUCAAGAAUUAGAAAAAACCCGAAAAAUUCAGGAGGAAAAAAAUAAACUUCUGAAAAACGGAACGCAAAAAGAAACGCAUGAAAAUGGAGUUUCGUUAAAAGAAUUUAAAACAAUUGAUUUAGAGGUACUCACUAGCCCUGUCAAGGGGUUUAGAACACCUGUAAAGUGCCCCCCUCCUGCUCCUGAUAAAAAUGAAUUGAUGUCUCCAAAAAGCACUACCCCAAAACGGUUACUCUUUAGUCCAUCUAAAGAUGGUUCUUCAUCGGAUAUUGUUCAGACUCCGGCAUAUCAUAAAUUUUUGCACUUGUCUAAAACUCCUUCGUUGUCAUUGCCAUUUAAAUACAGAAACCUCAUUGAAAUUUUCAAAGCCGUUGAUUCCGUUUGUGCAAUGUAUUUUAAUCGGAAGGAGUGUAUUACAUUCAAAAAAUUAAAAACAGCUGUUCAACGGAUGAUUCGAAGAAAUUUUCAUGAGAAUCAUUUGGCUCAAAUUAAAUAUGUUUAUCCAGAAGCUUACUACUUUUAUCAAACCAAAAUGCGGAAUUAUGGUUCCAUUUCGAAACAAGAUUAUUUUCAGUUGGUUAUUACUCCUAACAUUGGUGUAAUUAAGAAUGUCAAUGCAUCUAUUAUUGACGAAGAUAAUGUUCUCAAGUCAGCACAAUCGAAUGCUAUGAAUCCGCAGAUUUUAACUGAACGGUAUCAAAAACUACAAUAUAUCUUGCUUGAAAAAGUGAAAAACGAACAUGAUAAGUUUUUAAAAUCAUUAAAUCCACCUUUGAAUAUUCCAAAAGAUCAGAUAAAACGGUGGCAUCCAGAAUUUGAUUUAGAAAAUUGUCCAGAAAUUGAAGAAGGCCAUUUACCACAACCACCGAAUGUUGAAAAGUAUUCAUCAGCAAAAGAUAUACUGUUAACUGCCCGAAAUCUUUUUAAUCAAAAAGAAGAAAUUGUAAAUUGUGCUACCAAAAAUCUAAUUAACCCUGAUAAUUCUUCAAAAGAACCUCCAGCGCAUGCUCCCCAAUUGGACAAUGUUGAAUCAACUUUAUUGAAAAGUGUUCCGAAAUCACUUUUAGAAAAAAUCAGAGCCAAACAAGCAGCUAAAGCACACAGUUCCAUGACAAGACGACCUUCUCAAGAUCAAGAAGUUAGAAAAUACAGCCGUUUACCUGAAUUAGCCAGACAUCUAAGAAACGUAUUUGUUACUGAAAAAAAAGGGGUUCUUCCUUUAGAAGCUUUGAUAAAAAAAAUUGAAAAUAGUUACAGAACAAGUUUGACGCCAAAAGAUAUUGAGGUGCACCUUAAGUUGAUAGCAAAAGAGUGUCCAACAUGGGUACAAUUUCAUGAUAUUCGGAAAACUAUAUAUGUCAAAAUGAACAGAGAUUUUGACCUCACUAAAAUAGUUGAAAAUUUAGAAAAAAUAGCAAAUGAAAAAUCUAAAUAAUUAGUGCGGAUGAUAUUAUAUAAGAAAUUUCAAUAUUUUUUAUUAAAAAUAUGGUUUAAGUUUUCCUUUUUGUAAUUUUGACUAAUAAAAAUUGUACUGUUUUGGAAUAUAAAAUAAAUAUUUGAUUGAAAAGGACAUGUAAUUUAUUAUACCCAUUAA